GGCCGACGCGUGAGACUGGAUCGAAGAUGUGCAGUGCGUCAGAUCUAAAGAGACCGGUGUUAGCUCCAGCCCAAGAGCGCUGACCGCGGCAUCCAUGCUCCUCUCCCUCCUGGUCAUACAUAUCCGUCACCCACAAAGGCCCCAUCUUGCCGUGGCAGUAACUGCCUUGCAUUGCAUAUGGAGCAGUCCACUGGGACUAGCAUGGGUCUACACUGGGUCUACCGUGGUCCGGUGUCUGCAGGUGUCUGCCCGACGGGCCCGACGUACGAUAUCUGGAUGACUAAAGUCGCCGAAAAGCAACCCCAGAAGCAGAAGAACCUCUCUGUAGAACUUUCGGCCAGCCUCAGCCGUGCUUAUCUUCAACCAAUCUUUAACGCUCAGCAGACUUAUGUCAGUCCGAAAAGAUAAUAUUCUAGAUUAUUCUCCGUCCCCCGAUGACGGCAGUGUCUGGCAGUGUUAGCUCGUGAAAACCCGGAAUAUGAAGCUGAAAUUCCAG